AUGGAUGAAAGAAAAGACCAAUCGCUCAGCUUACCCAUUCCUCACUUUCCAGUGAAGCUCCUAUUCGAGACAGACGGAUACGAUUUUUAUAAAAUUAAGCAGAGGGAGAGGGAAGAAAGUCGUUCGAGGGGUACUACGGGGGUGGGAGAUGUGCUGAGGGAAGGCGGGGCAAGCUCUCUGGGGAGUGUGUGCGGAAGCGAAACAGAGAGUGAAAAUGAGAGGCUCUUCAUGAGCUACCUCAAAAGUAUUGCAAAAAGGGACACGUCUAACAGCCGCAAGGGUGGCGGCAAAGGUUGCAGAGGCCACACCGGUGGCAGUAGUCGCCAUAGCAGUAGUCGCCAUAGCAGUAGUCGCCAUACCAAUAGCCCCCACAGCAGUGCUGACCACGGGGGGGGAGCCAAAUGCACCAAGCAGCCCUCUGCAGAGGAACCGGGGGAAGAAGGCCCCUCCCUGCUGGCCUCACUAAAUAGUAAAUCCCAUGACGAUAGCGAACUGACGGGGAGGCAGCCUUGCCACCUUUUUGAAAAGCACCCAGAUCUACCCAUAAGUAAGGAGCUGAGAUGGGAAUGGAUUUACCACACCCCCCCGGGGACCUUCACUCCUGCGAAGGUUCGGCUGAAUGAUUUUCAGGAAGAAUGCCAGAGGGUGGAGAGGCGGCUACGCGGGGGGGCACCCCAUAUAGUCACCUCUAUAGAAGGAACACAAUUAGCCGCACCAGGAGACCCCCUUUCCAAAGAAGCCAAAGCCGCAUCGUGUGGCCCCCUCAUAGGGGCACUGCAGUCGGGAGUACGAUGCCCCAACGUGGGGGAAAUAAUAAACCACAUAGUGCUCCACAACUGUAAGAAUUGGCAGCAAAAGGUAGAUUUAGAAGCCCUGCGGAAAGAAGCAUCAAAUUCGAAAAAGGAGAGAGUACUGAACAGGACCAAAUGCUUCGUACCGUGGCUCCCCCCAACAGAAAAAAAUCCAUUUAGCAAGUAUCAAAUUAUAGCCAAAUUAAAAGGGAAGACCCUUUCGAAAACUUUUAAGCUCGUUUGCGAUUUUAACAAUUCGCUACUAAAGGGGGUGUACAUAAAUCAAAAUUUGUUAAAUACUCUGUAUGUGGGAGAAGCAAAGCGCCCCCUCCUUGUGUCCCCCCCACUGCAAAAUUUAAGUUCAAACGAAACGUUCAUAAUUUCAGUCUCCUUUUACCACCCGAUUAGGGGCAUAAAAAUAGCCGAGUACGAAAUACUGUCAAGCCAAACGCUGGCCGACUUGACGGACGUUUUUUUUUGUUUCGAUUCUUCAAAUUAUGGGUUGCCCCAAUUUGAAGGUUCCGUAUACUACAUUGAUGGAGUGCUCUACCCCGAUUUGAGAUCACCCAGCGCGUUAGACUACUCAGCAUGCAUCUUAGAAUUUUACAAGAAAAAAAAAGAAAGCAAUUUUAUUCGCCCCCCUUAUAAGGUACUGCAACAUAAGGCUGUCAUAGGCCAAAUGGAAAUCCCCCUGUACCAGAGGUGCUGCUUCCUUCACCAGGGAAACUGCGAACACAGAAUUAUUUUCAACAACAUUCGGCAGUAUAAUAGCCUGCGGGAUGGGGAGUCUUCCAAGUACCCCCUCAGGACCUUCAAACCGAACAUCGCAAAGAAGCUUUGCCUCUGCUGUCGUAAGAACAUGGCGCAAAGGAUCGUCCUCGACUGCUACCUCUUCAAGGAGAACCCAUCCUACGUCUGCAACUGCUGCUUUGAUUUGUUUCUGCUCGAUCGGCAGGGCCACCCCGUGGACGCCCUCAUGAAGCACUUCGCCUACAUCGACGAGGUGUGA